AUGUCUGCUGUUUGGAGAAAAGCUGGUUUAACUUAUAACAGUUACGUUGAUGUGGCUGCUAAAAUUUUGCGUAGUAGUUUGAAGCAAGAAUUCAAAACUACUGCUGUUUUGGAAAGAUCUAAGACUGAUGUGCAUUUUGUCACUUUCAAGAAAAAUGGUGAACCAAAUGAGCCAACUCCUUUGAAAAAAUGA